AUGGAGGCCGUCAGCAGCAGCGUGCGACGCGGCGCGCUCCUGCUCUCGGGUUCCCAGGAGGCCUGGCCUCGCACCCCGGGCGCCGUGGUCGCCGUCCUCGCGGCGGUGCUGCUGGCGGUGCGCCUUUCGAGCCCGCCCGCAGAGGCGCAGAUGGCGGUCGCUGGCCUCGCGCUGGCGGUCUUCGUCGCCUUGGGCUGCUCUCCGCGGCGGGCGCGGGCUCGGACGCAGGUGGUGGACCAGCGCCUGGAGGACCUGGAGGCCGCCUUCGCCUCGAUGCUCGAUGUGCUGCGGCCCCUCAGCGCCCACGGCCGCGCCGCCGAGGCGCCGGGCCGCCGGGGCCGCUUCCCGGUCCGCCUGGUCACCGAGGCGUGGCCCGGAGACGCGUCGGAGGAGGCGGAGCGCCAGACCCUGCGCGCCACGCUCCUCGUGCCGCGCCCCGGCUCCGAGGCCGUCUCCGUCGCCUGCGCGGCCGGGGGCUUCACCGUCCGGGUGGGCGCGGUCGAGGGCGCCGUGCCGGACUUCCUGGGCAGGAACGCCGCGGGGACGGCCAGGAGAGGCCGUGCCUCCAGAGGGGCGGCGUGCCCUUCCUGCCGAGGUCGCUGA